GAGACAUUCAAUGACGACAUGGAAAAGAAGAAUGAAACAGUAUGGACAGAAUUUGUUCUCAUAGGUCUCAGAUGCCAACCACAGUGGAAAAUCCCUCUGUUCCUAGUGUUCUUGGUAAUAUACCUCAUGACCAUUAUGGGAAAUCUUGGUCUUAUCACUCUUAUCUGGAAUGACCCUCGACUUCACAUCCCCAUGUACUUCUUCCUUAGUAAUUUGGCUUUAGUGGAUACUUGGUUAUCAUCCACAGUGACACCAAAGUUGCUAUUCAGUCUUUUGGACAAGGGCAAGGUGAUAUCUAUCUCUGAAUGCAUGGUACAGUUCUUUUCCUUUGCAAUAAGUGUGACCACAGAAUGUUUUCUCUUGGCAGCAAUGGCUUAUGAUCGCUAUGCAGCUAUAUGCAAUCCUUUGCUUUAUCCAGUAAUUAUGACCAAUAGACUAUGCAUUCGUCUAUUAGUUUUAUCAUUUAUAGGUGGCUUUCUUCAUGCUGUAAUCCAUGAAUGCUUUCUAUCCAGACUAACCUUCUGUAAUUCCAACAUACUAUAUCACUUUUUUUGUGAUGCUAUACCACUGUUGAAAAUUUCCUGUACUGACCCUUCUUUGAAUUAUCUGAUGAUAUUUGUAAUAAGUUUUACAAUAUUGUAA